ACAAAACAAGACUCAACAAACAUAAAACCAUCAUCAUUGGACCAAUAUUAUCACACUGAAAAGGUUUCUUGACAUUGACUGCAUGAAAUCUGUUCUGUUAAGGAAUAGAUAUCCUAAUCCAAACAUCAGACUCGUGAUAAAUACUAACCGGCGGACCACGCACCUGUUAAAUUCGUCUGACGUCUCCACUGCAUUGGCAUUGGGCGGAUUGGCUGCAGGAUUUCCAUAUGAAAUAAAAGUUUGUUAUUGAAACAACUUAUUUUCUAAAAGAAAAACGACGACAAGAACUGAACAAAAAGAAAUAUUUUGUUUCGCAGCCAUGUCAGUAUUAUCAGAAUUAAAGGAGCUAGUAAACUGUAUGAUUGUUGAUGAAUCUACUGUAUCCUGUAAUGGCACUGUUUAUAAAUUAGAAGAGAAGAAAUUAGAUUAUCAUGACAAAUUAUUCUGGAUCUAUUUAGCUAUCUAUUCUACACUGGUUAUCAUAGCAGGUUUAAUGUCUGGUUUAACUAUGGGUUUAUUAUCACUUGAUAUGAUGACCUUGAAGAUCUUAAAGGAAAGUGGAAGUAGAAAAGAACAGAAAUAUGCCAGUAGAAUAAUACCUCUAGUGAAACGACACCAUCUAUUAUUAGUAACAUUAUUACUAGCUAAUGCAGGAUGUGUGGAAGCUAUGCCUAUAUUUCUAGAUAGAAUAUCAGAUCCUAUAAUAGCUAUCUGUGUCUCAGUUUCAGCUGUUUUGAUAUUUGGAGAGGUAAUACCUCAAGCUAUAUGUACCAGAUUUGGAUUGGCUAUAGGUGCAAUGUUGUCACCAUUAGUGUAUUUCUUGAUUGGUUUACUAUUCAUCAUAUCAUGGCCUUUAUCUAAACUUCUAGACUGUAUCUUGGGCAAAGAACAUGAAACUUUCUUUAGAAGAGGACAGUUAAAGGUGUUGGUAGAUUUACAUGGUGAAGUAACAGGAACACCUGACCAAGGUGCUGAUCCAUUGUCAAUAGAUGAAGUUUUGAUAAUUAAGGGUGCCUUAGAUAUGAAGUAUAAAACAGCCUAUGAUGCUAUGUUACCAAAAGAUAAGUUAUUUAUGUUGAAUGUCGAUGGUAAAAUGGAUGAAAACACCAUGAAUCAAGUUUUGGAAAAGGGUCACUCACGUAUACCAGUCUAUGAUGGUACUACUAGCAAUAUUAUAGGAUUACUAUUG